AUGGCGUUGAAGAAUGUAAAAUGUGUGGACAAUGUGUUUGAAGUUUUCAGUAAUGGCGCCGGUCGCAGUGGAGCGUUUUUGGCGCUGGACGCUAAUCUGGAAUUGAUGAAGAAGACCGGCCAACUUGACGUCUACGAAUACGCGAAGACGCUCGUCAACUCACGUCAACACCUUAUAGAUAGCGUAGAUCAGUACCAGUUCAUCUACGAGGCCCUGGCCGAGGCAGUGAUGUGCAACGUGCAACCGAUUCAGAUGCAUCAGUUGAAGAAUCGGAGUUCGAUGUACAAAGCGAAGAAGAACCGAGAACUCAUGGAAUCGCAAGAUAAUCAUGAGAAUAAGUUACUGCUCCAUCUCACGCAUCCUCUUCGCAUCGGCGACUGCGCAGGUGGCCAUCGUCUAGAGAAUCGAGGCAAAAAUCGUGACGUUAUGGUGGUUUCA